ACGCAACUAUUAAACCGCAAUUAUGUAAAUUACAAGAUAUAAAUUGAAUAAUUGGGACGAAUACUUAUUACCCACUAUCUAUGCUUACAACAUCGGACAGCAUCGAACAACAAAAUAUUCACCCUAUAUAUGGCCGCCAGAAUUAUCCUUAAAAGGUUUGAUGGUUCUGUGUCUUUGCUGUUGCAAAAACCUUAAGUUACCUGAUUUAUAUAAAAGAAGAAAAUACUUCCGUUCACUUCAUUUCUACAAAAUAUUAAAUAAUCGUUCCAUUUUGUCACACAUAAAUCUAAUUCAAUUAAACACAAACAGGCGAUCUGACAGGUUAAACCAUUCUCAAGUUGUACAUGUUAACGACAAUCUGCGGACGUACACGACAAUGUACUCCUUCUUUCAUCGCACGGCAAUAGAGUGGAAUGGGUUACUUGAUGAAGUUGUGACUGCAGCAUCAAUUAGGUCAUUUAAGCAAAAGCUAAAGGAUUUCUUGGAAAUAUAAAUUUACAUCUACUUCUUUUUCUUUUUUUCUUUUUUUUUGGGUAACAGUAAUCAUAAGGGCUCCUCGCGCUUUUCUGUUAUCCCUGCAAUAUUCUAUUAUUGUUUUUUUUAGCUAUCUUUUUGUUGUCAAAUCAAAUCAAGUUGGCCAAUUUGAUAUUGAAUGUUCUGACGAUGCUGAUCGUAACGUUGUUUUGUUGAUUGUUCCUGUUGACGAAUAUGUUUCUGAGUUUGGUGAAUGA